GUCCACUUCCGGUUUGGUCAUGAUGAAGAUGGAUUUCCAGUUGAAUUAUUUCGUGUUGUAUGGACUAGUUUUUGCUUUAAAUGUUAUUUUUUCCGUUGUAUGUGAUGAAUCAGUUGAUUUCGAGUCAAAUGGGCUUUUUAAAAUCGACGGGAAGGUAGACUUAAACUCAUACAGAGACAAGGAGUGGAUGAUGCAAACCCGGGUGUUGGUUGACGGUGGAAAUUACGUUGGAUUGUUAAGGGCAGAUGGUUCCUUUACUAUCAAUGGAGUUCCAUCAGGUUCUUAUGUAGUGGAAGUUUCACAUCCAAAUUUCAUAUUUGAUGCAGCAAGAGUUGAUAUUACAUCAAAAGGCAAAAUGAGGGCCAGAAAAGUCAACUACCUGCAGCCAUCCCUAGUGAAAAAUAUACAGUAUCCAUUAGAAAUUAAGGAAAGAAUGAAAGCAAAUUAUUUCCAAACAAGAGAACAGUGGAGAUUUCAAGACUUCUUGAUGAACCCUAUGGUACUAACUAUGGUACUACCACUGUUUUUAAUCAUGGUCUUACCAAAGAUGAUGAAUGCAGCUGACCCAGGGGCACAAAAGGAAAUGCAGAAUCAGAUGAAAGCUUUGAAUGACAAGUCCAGUAUGCCUGAUAUAUCAGAGAUAUUAGCAGGGUGGCUUGGUGGCAAUGAUAACAAGAAAACAUCCAAAAGCAAAGCAGUGAAACGAAGAUCUUGACAAAGUGGAAGAUUAUGUUUUCAUUAUUAGGAUUCCAGUACUUUUAAGUCUUCUAGAUUACCAAUAAAUCAAAGCAGUUGGUUAUUUUUUUCUAUUCCGUACACUUAUCUAGAAUUAGGUUUUCAAACUUGUUGGUCAUAAUUAGUAACUCUCUCUCUCUUCUUUGUGGGCUGUAUUCUCAUAUUCAAAAUCAGUAUUGGGCAUUUAGGGCAAUAAUUUUUGUUUUAUGCUGGGUUUUUCAAUGUAAAUUUUUUCAUAUACUUUUAAUUUCUAUUAUGGCAGUUUUAGAAAAUUUUUCUUAGCUGAAGGAAAAGAAUGAAUUAUUUUGUGGGAAACAUCACAAAUUACUUUUACAAGACCAGAUAACUAUAUAUAUAUAUAUAUAUGAAUGAUGAUACUGCCCUGUCUUACUCAAAAAAGGUCCUAAGAAGCCCAUUGAACCUCUAUCUUUUGUCUUUGUGAUGUGUUUUCAAAUAUAAACUAUAAACUAUGUUAGGUCUGGCUGAUAAAAAAGGAAGUUUACAAGUAUACACAACACACCUAUGUCUAUUGUUGUUUGAUUAUUUGUAAAAAUGUUUUAUUUCAUUAAUCAUAGACGACGAAAAGUUUAUAAUCAUCCCUGUUUACUUAGGCAGACCAAUGCUUAGCAAGAACAAUCCUAAUGGUGUGACAAUAACAUAUAAGGAUUCAACUGGCUUCCCUACAUUUUAUCCAGAUAACUGAACACUACUAGCCUGAUAGGGUGUGAUGUAUACAGGGACUUUUAGAUACAAGUAUAUUCAGUGAUAAAUCUACAGGGAAGUCAUGAGUCUUGUACUCAUACAAUUUUGAUGGGACUUAACAAAUUUCUGAAGACCCUUAAAUGUUACUUUUUGGAUCUGUUGAUUUUAGCAUUAAACUGAAAAGUACUCAUGAAAAUUCACUGUAAAUUGAUCACUGUUUUAUGUGAUGUGGCAGUUGUUGAUGGUAAGUGAAAUUUAUUUGUACACUAUUUGUGAAUUAGAUCAUAAUUUAUUCCAUGUACAUACAAAACCUUCAUUGUUGAGUAAGUCAUGUAUAUUAUGUACAAACCUGUGUGUUACAAACCAAAUGCACUUGAAUUGAUUUUGUGUUAUAUAUAAGUAUAGCAUAUUUCCCGGUUUUGAGAUUUUAACUGAUGCCUUUCUGUGUGGACAGAGGUGUGGAGUGUUACCACUAGAAAGAUAUGUGGCAAACUCUCGUAAGCUGCUUUUGUAAAAUAGAUCUUUCACAGAGAACAUUGAAGUAUUGCUUUAAUACAUCAAGAGGACUAGAACUAUUAAACAUUUCAUCGUUGGUUGACGUCUUUGUGUGUAUGACAUGCGUGUAGAAGUGGCAGUGAUUGAACAGAUUCAACAGUUCCUCCUGGAAGUAGGUUGACAGUCCAGCUGUCAGGUUCUUUUUGUGUUUUGGGCAAAAUAAAAGAAAAUACUUUGCAGGUGUUCUACAUUAUUAAACACCCAUUUCCAGGCUAAUUGUGUACUCAUGAUUAGCUCAUAAAGAAACUUUUAGUCAUUUAGGUAAAAAUGUACUUACAUAUUGUGGUUAACAGGAUGUCGUAGAUAAUUAACUUAUUACAAUUGUUCUUCUUUGAAAGAGAAACAGGAUUUAUUUUGAAAGCUAUUUGCAUAAAAUAGAACAACUUCAUAGUAUUCAUUGACCCCAGAAAUAACUGUUGGGAUCUUUUUUUUUUCAAACAUUGGUAUGUUGAGAAAGGAGUACCCGGUAGAAUUUACUCAUGAACAAAAUUUGAUAGCAUUCACAUCACUAUUUUAAUUGAAAGUGUUUUUAUGCUUCACUGUACAGAUAUUCAAUAACCAAGGUUUUCGUUUCAAAGUUGUGAUUUUGUUAUGAAUUCAGAGUCUUAUGUACUGAGUUCAUUACUUACUCAGUGUAUAGUAAGUCAUAGGCGGUCUGUUAACAGAUCAUGUAAAGAGAGGAAAGACAAAUAAAAAAGUGUAAUAAGGAUUUUGUGUAAUUUAUAAUUGGAAAUAUCAAAUACCAUUUUUGUUGGUUGAUUGUCAAAAGAGGUAUAGGUUGAGCACCAGACCAGUAAGUCAGAGGUCAAAGUUAAAAUCCUAGUGGAGGCAUUGAAACAAAUGAUGACCUCUGUUACAUACUGACAGUAUCACAGUUCAAAUUAGAGAAGUAAUGUGGAGUUUGGUAAUUUCUUGAUCUUUUUAAGACCCAGAGAAUGGAAGGUUGGACCCUUUUUUAAUUGAUCUCCUAGAAGUGUUCAAAAGAUUAUAUUGUUGUUUUUAUUGUAAAUAAAUGACAAAUAUUGAUUUUC